AUCACGAUAAAAAAGAAGCAGUAUUAAGAGAUAUGUUAUCUACUACUUUGUUCAUGAUCCUUUUUAUUUUAUAAAAACUAAUUAUUCGACGUUUUACACUGUCGCAAUUUUAAACAGGAAUUUUUUGUUGUAUUGCUACGAUGUCCGAAGAAAAGAAAAACGUUUGUGUAGUAGUAUUAGGCGAUAUCGGAAGAAGCCCCAGAAUGCAAUAUCAUUCCUUAUCUUUAGCAGAGAUGGGACACACAGUCGACAUAAUUGGAUACGGAGAAACUGAACCAAUGGAGACAAUUAAAAAAUCUUCGUCUAUAUAUUACCACUAUUUAUUGGCUCCUCCAACAAUUCCAUUGAAGUUAUUAAACUACGGAUUUAAAACAAUAUGGCAAGCUAUAAACUUGAUAUUUUUACUUAUAAUAACUAGAAAGCCUGAUAUUCUUUUAAUUCAAAAUCCGCCUGCAAUUCCCUCAUUGAUCGUAUGUUGGUUGUUUUGUUUUAUCAUUAGAGCUAAAUUUAUAAUAGACUGGCAUAACUAUGCACAUACAAUCAUGGCUUUGAGUCUUCCAAAAGAUAAUAUAUUAGUAAAAAUUACAAGACAUGUAGAGGUAUUUGCAGGUCUCAGAGCUUACAAUAAUUUUUGUGUGACUAAUGCAAUGAAAAAUGACUUGAACAAGAACUGGGGUAUCAGUGCUACUACUUUGUAUGACAAACCACCAACUAUUUUUAAAUCUAUAAGUAUAGAAGAAAAACACAAAUUCAUUAUUAGACUUGGAAAAACGUAUAAACAACUUCUCAAUAAUGAUGGUUCUACACUAUUUACACAAAUAACAGGUAAUGAAGUAACUUACAAAAACGACAGACCAGGUAUAUUAGUAUCUAGUACAAGUUGGACAGAAGAUGAAGAUUUUUCAGUUCUUUUUUCAGCUUUACAAGAAUACGAGAAUCAUAUUGCUCAAGGUAAUAUAAGAAAACUUCCACAAUUAAUUUGUUUUAUAACUGGAAAAGGUCAUUUGAAGGAAUAUUACUGUAAUAAAAUAAAAAACGAAAAUUGGAAACAUGUAAUUGUUCUUACACCAUGGUUAGAAUCUAAUGACUAUCCAUUGAUGUUAGCCUCUGCGGAUUUAGGUGUGUGUCUUCAUACGAGCUCGAGCGGUUUGGACUUACCAAUGAAGGUUGUAGACAUGUUUGGUUGUGCCUUACCUGUAUGUGCCUACGACUUCAAGUGUUUGGACGAGUUAAUUCAACAUGGGAAAAAUGGAUAUAAAUUUAGCAACUCCGAAGAACUAUCUAAACAGUUAUUCGAUUGGUUCCAGAACUUUCCUAAUGAUUUACAUCAACAAGAGACUGAAAAAAAAUUUAAAAACGAAUUGGAAACAUUCCAAAAGUUACGGUGGAGAGAAAAUUGGACCAAAUAUGCAGCUCCUUUUUUUUAAAUAAGUGAAAAGUAUUAUCUUUUACAUGAAAUAUUUUAAAUAAAUAUUGUUGAUAAAGACA